AUGCUAGACCGGAAUUUGUCAAACCCACCACCUCGCUCUCGAAAUGACGUGACCAUCGCGGUACUUUGCGCUCUCAGCAAAGAGUUCAAUGCCGUAGUAGCAGUAUUCGACGAAUCCUGGGAAUCCGCGCACUAUGGCAAAGCACACGACACGUCCGAAGAAGCCGGUGACGAAAUCUUGCUUGGCGACGUCAUUAUCACCAAUAAACUCGUCCAGACUGAUUUCGGACGACAACUGCCAGAUGCCGUCUAUAUUAAAGACACACUGGACGACAGCCUCGGCCGCCAUUCUUCCGAAGUUCGCAGCUUCCUCAAAACCUUAGGCACUUUUCAGAUUGCCAGAGACCUCCGCAACGACACGGCACGUAACCUGACGGAUCUUCUUUCAGUCGAUGGGUUCGAGAAAUUUCGCCACCCGGGAUUUGCUCGAGAUAAACUGUUCUCAUCGGAGUACCGCCAUAAGCACCACCAGGCUGACAAAUGCUCCGUUUGCGACGGUAGUGGCAGCGUUUCAGGGAAAGUCUGCGAUGUGGCUCUCAACAGCACAUGCGAGUCACUGGGCUGCGACGAAUCAGCUUUGGUGGUUCGCUCACGCCUUACCAGUCUGGCACAGAGCGAGACUACGAAACCCGAGCACUACAAACCCGUCAUACACAUCGGCACUAUGGGAUCUAGUGAUCAGGUAAUCAAGUCGGCAUUCCACCGGGACAUGUGGACCUCGAGUCACCAGAUCAUUGGCUUCGAGAUGGAGGGUGCCGGUGCGUGGGACUCGUUCCCAACAAUACUUAUCAAAGGAGUUUGUGAUUACGCAGACAGCCGCAAGAACAAAAACUGGCAGGGGUACGCAUCAGAAAGCGCCGCGGCUUUUCUAAAGGCUGUAUUGAGGCGGUGGACGCCAGUAGAUGAGCCAACGGCUCCUAUCGUUGACAUGAAGCAACAUGAUCAAUGGAUCCAGAGUUUCUUUUUGCAGCCAUACAAGUCCCAGAAAGACCGAAACGAAAGAGCAGCUGUCGGGACCUGCAGUUGGGUCAUGGCCAACCCUCUGUUCCUAAGAUGGCAAAGCAAUGAAUUCAGUGAUGUCUUCUGGGUGACCGCAGAACCCGGAUCCGGAAAGAAGCUUAAGGAGCAUCAGGUCAACAGCUAUUCGCAGAGCCCAGUGGCACCGUUUUCAAAUUUCUGGUAUUCACCCGACCAUACGUCAUCAUCGUUCGUGAGCUUCGUGAGCUUCGUGAGGAUCUCACUCGACUCCGUGGAUCAUAUGGGAGCUAUCAGAGAGGAUAUUUCCCACUACAUCGAGAUGACCCGUGUCAGACAGAAGUUCUGUCUCUCUGACGAGGUCUGCCAGUGUUUGGUCUUCCGAGAGAUUGAAAGGUCCAGAGGCAAAACCGUCAAAAAAAUCCUGAAGAUGAUCGAUAAUCUUCCCAAUACAGUCGAGGGGAUCUACGAAACCAUAUUAGAGGACGUAGAAGACCGAGACGAAACAGAGAAUCUUUUCAUGAUUAUUCAAGCUGCCAAAAGACCAUUGACUCUAAGUGAGAUAGACGUGGCAAUGGAGCUUGCCGGGGAGUCGACCAGGUAUGAAGACUUGGACCUAGAAGGGGAUGAAGGUCCAAUGGAGUACAUUCGCCAAGCAAGCUGUCUUCUAGUCCUAGUUGACGAGACCGUAUCUGAUUUUCUUUUGACAGCGCCAGGCCCUGCACAAGUCAAACUAGGCUUUGAGGCAGGCUCCAGGCCAUGGAAAUCCACCAUCUCACGCAAAGACUCCCAUACAACCCUCGCUAAGCUCUGUCUGGCAUUCCUGCAGCUUGAGGACUUCACGAAAGCUGGAAUUCGCCUCCAGCUUUCGUAUAAAUAUAAGGAUACCGGACAUCCGAAGACGACGUAUUUUCCUUGGACUAUUGAGUCCUAUCAUCUAGGCUCAAUGAAAAGCUUGGUCAAGAGGCUGGUCAAUGGGGAAAUGCUUCCAGAUAGCACUGUCAGCGUAGACUUGACGGAAUCAGUCAGCGUUCAUCCAAACCAACCAUCUGGGGAACACCUGAAAGAGAUCAAGGCGCGCUUCUCUUUCCUGGAAUACGCGGCAACCUAUUGGCACAUACAUGUAGCUGAGGCGGAUAUGGAGCCUGAUGGCUUCAUAUUGAGUCUGUUUGACAUCAACAGUCCUCAAUAUGCGACUUGGCUCCCGAUUUAUUGGCAGACGGCGCCACGCCACGAGAGAGUGCAUCUAUCUGCUUCAAUUCUCGCACUUUGCUUCGGUCAUCGGCGCGCACUGAGCCGGCUAAUAGCCAACGGCUUAGCUGUCGACGAGCGGGAUCCCUUCCGUCAAACGGCACUGCACUGGGCGGCGUCGAGGACGUCAAGAGAGGACCUUGAGUUUCUGAUAAGCCAAGAAGCCAUCAUUGAUGCUGCUGACAGCUUCGGGAGGACCUCGCUUAUGGAAGCUGUCAUUGCUCAGAAGCAGGCACACGUGGCCAUACUUCUUGAUCACCAGGGUGCUGAGCCUCAGCCCUGGACUGUUUUCAAAGCAGAGGAAUGGCAGAACGAAGAGAUCAAAAGGCUUUUACGCCGUCGAAUGAGAGAAUUGGGCGCCGCAGCGCGGUCUGAAGCCGAGAGGAACGCGUCCCCGACCGCACGGAUGGUGAAUUCAAUCAAGUUAAAUGACGCAAGAAAGCUUCUAGUAGUAUUGGGUCGACAUGCCGAAGUGUUGGCCGCUACUGACAGCAGGAGCAACAAUACUCUCCAUAUUGCAACCACGAAAUGCAGUGUCGAAGUCGCCUGUCUACUUGUUGAACGUGGCAUAGAUCCAAACGCAGUGAAUACGGCAGGAGUCAAUGCCCAAUUCUUUGCACACAUUGCAGAUAAUCAACCCAUGAUCUCAUAUCUACUGGAAGUCGGCGUGCAAGGAUUUUGUAAGGCCACAUCAGUUAAAGAGGGUGUCAUCUCUGAACUGCGCUCUCAUGCGCAGCUUUUGGAAAUACCACCCCUAGUAGCCGCGAUACGCCUUGGGGCAGCUAAUAUUGUACUGCAGCUACUUGAAGAAGGCGAAAAUGUGAAUCAAACUUGGGGGCCACUUCGAAAAACGCCAAUCUUUGCUGCUGUUGAGCGGGACCAGCAGCCUAUCAUAAACGUUCUACUGGGAUUUGGUGCGGACGUCGACUCUCGGAAUCUGCUCCAGCAGAACUUGCUUUGUUGCUGUAUCCUUACCACCGGAAACGUGCUUGGUGUAUCUCAGAUCAUCACUGCAGUCACCAGCCUCAUUGAGGCAGAAAGACGAGGCAUGGAUGUUUUUAAGUUCUCUGAUCGUCUCUUACACCACCGUCCCCAGCCAGGUGUACUCGAAGAACUGGUAUUUUGGGACGACCCAGCACUAAAGCCUGAUGUGCAGAUGACCGACCCUGUCAUUAAUAGAUCUUCGCCUGGCAACGUGCCUCAGAUUCCAUACAGACCAUCUCAAGGGGUUUCCUUGGAAGAGCAUGCGGACCCUGAACAAGACGAGCCGGUGCGAAAAGAUCCAGGGAUGCUGUACUUGAGGUACCUGGAGGGACAAGACUCGGAUGACGAGGAUAUGUACUUGACCGAUGAGAAGAUGCAGGAAAAGAUCCUGGAUGAGGCGGCAGCACGUCGAAAACAACAACCUUGGAACCGGUACACCUACCUGUUUGUCCAUGAAAGACUCAUGGGCGAGGACACCCAUGAUCCCGAUACCAGGUCAAUUGCUCUACCAGCACGUCUCCGACCCGAAGAUAAUCCCUACAGUGGCCGGUUGGCUGCAAAGGCCUCUAGUUCAGGCUCUGGCCGCCCCAGCUCAGCGGCUUAA